UUCAUUCCCUUUACGACACGACGAAAAACUGGUCCCUCCUCCUCCGCAAGACAAAACGAAACAGGAACAGCAAUGGCAGAGAGACAAAGAGACAUUAAUACAGCUAUCCGAUGUUUUGGUGAUAAAUAGAAACAUUUCAACAUGAGCAACCAUCCCUCGACUACACUGAAAUGGGGGUAGAAGACGUGUUCAAGCUAGGCCCUCUGCCCAUUCAAACCCUAACAAUAUCCCGAGGCAGAGAACAAAACCCUCCAAAGCCCCUUCUGCUGGUUGUCCCUUCUGUACAUGGAGACUACCCUGUCCUCCUCUUCCUCCACGGCUACCUCCUCGUCAAUAGCUUCUACACUCAGCUUCUGCAACACAUUGCUUCCCAUGGAUACAUCACAGUUGCUCCUCAGAUGUAUUGUAUAACCUGUCUGGACGCCAGUGGGGAAAUAAAUGAUGCCGUGGCCAUCACGGAGUGGCUGCGUGCGAAGCUUUAUGAGCAUCUUCCGGCAAAUGUUCUGCCGGAUUUGCAAAACGUAGCCCUUGCCGGUCACAGCCGCGGCGGCAAAGUGGCUUUCGGAGUGGCGCUGGGUCGAAGCAAGAUCCCUCUGUCGGUGCCCUACGUGGCGCUCGUGGGAGUCGAUCCUGUCGACAGACCCCUUUAUCAGUGCCCUAGCUUGCCGCCAUGUAUUACCGGCGAAGAGAAUUCGCUUGUAGUAAAUAUGCCGACGCUUGUUAUUGGAUCGGGUUUGGGGCCAGUGAAAAAGAACUGUUGUAGUAUUCCCUGCGCUCCGGCCGGCGUGAACCACGUGGAAUUUUUCAGGGAAUGCUGCGCUCCGGCUUAUCAUUUCGUGGCGGUGGACUACGGUCACAUGGACUUUUUGGAUGACAUAACGGGCGGAGUGAGGGGAGCGACAACGUAUUGCAUGUGUAAGAACGGACCGUCGCGGGAGCCCGUGAGGAGGUUCACCGGGGGAAUUGUGGUGGCUUUUCUGAAUGCGUGGCUGAGGAAGAAGACCGAGGUUUUGGAUGAACUAGUGGCGAAUCCCUCAGUCGCACCUGUCAAGGUGGAUCCGCCUGAGUAUCAUGCUUUGCCAUCAGUUACAGUUUAAUGGGUAAUAAUUAUAUUAUCUAUUAAGGUUAUUUUCAACAAGUUUUUUUUAUUUCUUGUAAUUUUCAAUAAAAGAUGAUGAAGACUUCCAGUUUACAUAUA